GCGAGCCGACUGGAGGCCGAGUCUGAGCCGCGUCCGGGCUGACCGAGUGGAAGCCGCACAGCGCGUCCGGGAGCCAUGCCGAGACCAUGGCUGGGGGCAAAGCUGGAAAAGACAGUGGAAAGGCCAAGGCUAAAGCAGUAUCUCGUUCACAAAGAGCUGGACUACAGUUUCCAGUAGGCCAUAUUCACCGACACUUGAAGACUCGUACCACAAGCCACGGGAGGGUUGGUGCCACUGCCGCAGUGUAUAGUGCUGCGAUUUUGGAAUAUCUCACAGCUGAGGUACUGGAGCUGGCAGGAAAUGCUUCUAAGGAUCUCAAAGUAAAGCGUAUCACUCCUCGUCACUUGCAGCUUGCAAUCCGUGGGGAUGAAGAGUUGGAUUCUCUCAUCAAGGCUACCAUAGCUGGGGGUGGUGUGAUCCCUCACAUCCACAAAUCCCUGAUUGGAAAGAAGGGACAGCAAAAAACUGCAUAGAGAGUUGUUUUCGCCAGCCCUCUUCCUCCCUGUCAUUGUACUGUAACGGACAGAGAAAUAAUGGGGAUAUGCAGAAUUUUUAAGAGUUAAAUGGAAAAGCAUAGACAAUUACUGUAGACAUGAUAAAAGAAACAUUUGUAUGUUCUUAGAUUUCAAAGUUUGAUAAAAGUAUCUUUUCAUGUGGCAAAAAUUA